AUGCCGGAUCUCGGCCUCCGCCUCGCCCCACUCCUCCUCGGCCUUCUCUCCGGGCACGUCCUCGCGCAGUCUUCCCCCGGGUUCCCCAUGGUCAUCAACACUUGGGGAGGCGCGUUUACCGCCGCUACCGACGCCGCGUAUCAAGCUCUCAUCAAGCCGGGUACCUCGGCCCUCGAUGCUGUCGAGAUCGGCUGUGCAACCUGUGAGGCCAACCAGUGCGACGGCAGCGUCGGUUUCGGUGGCUCACCAGAUGAGCAUUGUGAGACAACCCUAGAUGCUAUGAUCAUGGACGGCGUGACCAUGAAGUCCGGGUCAGUUGCCGCGCUCCGUCGCGUAAAGAAUGCGAUUGGCGUGGCUCGACACGUCCUAGAGUACACCUCGCACACCAUGUUGGCUGGCGACCUGGCGACAGAGUUUGCCAUUGAGAACGGUUUCCCAGCGGAGAAUCUCACGACAGAGGCAUCGGCUGCAAGGUGCGCCGAGUGGCGGCUCAAUAACUGCCAGUCCAACUACAGGCAAAAUGUCACGCCUAAUCCCAAGUCGGCUUGUGGCCCGUACACGCCCAUUGAGCUUGACUCAAGCUCCUCAGAGUAUUUUGACCUUAUCGCUCCAAACUCAGCCCAGGCGUCUCACGACACCAUUUCAAUGAUGGCAUUAGACGCCAAUGGCGUCAUGGCAGCAGGAACCUCGACCAAUGGUGCUUCGUUCAAGGUGCCUGGGCGUGUUGGUGAUGGUCCGAUUACCGGGUCCGGCUCCUAUGUCGACGGAGAUGUCGGUGCCUGCGGCGCAACUGGUGAUGGCGACAUCAUGAUGCGGUUUCUACCUUGUUACCAGGCUGUCGAGAGUAUGAGACGAGGAAUGAGUCCCCAAGAGGCUGCGAGGGAUGCCGUGGUACGCAUGGUGAAGAAAUACCCUGCCGUGUCAAGUGGUAUUGUGGUUGUCAACAACAAGGGAGAACACGGGGGAGCGGGGUCUGGAUGGACUUUCACGUAUGCGUACAGGGGCGGCAAGAUGAACGCUACCGAGGUUGUAACUGUGCCGCCUGUGUGCGUCAGUCGUUCUCUGAACAAUGCAGAGCUGAAGUAG